AUGUAUAUAUCUGAAAUAUCACCCUUAAACCUUCGUGGUGGUCUUGGAACUGUAAAUCAAUUAGCGGUUACGGUGGGCCUUCUGUUAUCCCAAGUGCUCGGUAUCGAACAAAUUCUCGGUACUAACGACGGCUGGCCCCUUCUGCUGGGCCUGGCCGUGUGUCCUGCCUUACUUCAAUUAGUGCUUCUUCCAAUUUGCCCUGAGAGUCCGCGCUAUCUCCUGAUCACGAAGCAGUGGGAGGAAGAAGCGAGGAAGGCCUUGCGAAGACUGAGGGCGAGCAACGCUGUCGAAGAAGACAUCGAAGAGAUGCGAGCCGAGGAGCGGGCGCAGCAAGCAGAGGCUUCCAUCAGCAUGAUGCAGCUGAUAUGCUCACCCACCCUGCGGGCUCCGCUCAUCAUCGGCAUCGUUAUGCAACUUUCUCAGCAAUUAUCCGGUAUUAAUGCGGUAUUUUACUACUCUACGGACCUCUUCAAAAACUCGGGGCUGACAACAGAAAGUGCCAAGUUUGCAACCAUCGGCAUCGGUUGCAUCAUGGUCAUCAUGACAUUAAUCUCCAUUCCUCUCAUGGACAAAAUGGGACGACGAACAUUGCACCUAUACGGACUUGGUGGCAUGUUCAUCUUUUCAAUUUGCAUCACCAUCUCAUUUUUGAUAAAGGAGUUUUUUGCAUACGUGAAGGAGAUGAUAGACUGGAUGUCGUACCUGGCGGUGGUUUCAACGCUGUGUUUCGUCAAAUUCUUCGCCAUGGGACCCGGAAGCAUUCCUUGGAUGAUCACUGCCGAACUUUUCUCACAAGGACCUCGUCCAGCCGCCAUGUCAAUUGCUGUGUUAGUCAACUGGAUAGCCAACUUCGUAGUGGGGAUAGGAUUUCCUAGUAUGAUGGUGAGUGAUCAAAGUUCUACCAAUAUUGUUGUUUAA